AUGCAAAGAACUAUGCUGAGACAGUGGGACCAUCUUUCCAAAGAAAACCCCACCCCUCCUGCGGUCCAGCCAUCAAACAUUUUUCCAAUGGCUACUUCCACACCGCAUGUUCCUGCAAUGAACAGAGGUGAACCUACACUUCUCACCAACCCGUCCCUCAGCCCUAACACACUGGAGCUGAGCAAUACUUCCAGAGUGAUAGCAGCAGCUCUGCACCAUGCCAAGCUGGAACCUCCCGUAUUCGCAGCGGACAACAAGACUGUUUUUCUACCCUCGGACAACCAAGAACGCAUUCUGAGAGGACUGUUGGAUCGUAUCCAGGCUCAAGAUGAGCCCCUGCCAACUUUUGUCGCCCAUAUGCUGAAACUGUCUACUCCGUUCAUUUUGGGAAUGGAUUUCAUGACUAGAGCCUCUAUCUCCAUUCAUAUUCCCACAAGAACAGUGUUUGCAGACGAUGCCCCCUGCCCGCUCAUGGAUGAGGAGGACAGUCCAGCGGAUUUCACAGAACUCAAUUUCCUCGGCUACCGCAUCACAUCUUCGGGUAUUAAACCGGACCCGGACAAGAUCAAGGCAGUGACGGAAUUCAACACCCCAACUACCGUGAAACAUGUCCGGCAGUUCCUUGGCCUGACUGGAUACUACCGCCGCUUAAUCCAGGAUUAUGCUCGGCAUGCUGAGCCUCUACAUGCGCUCACAAGAAAGGAUGCGACUUUCCAGUGGGACGACAACUGCCACCCUGUUUCUCCUCCUGCCGUCUGUGGGGGCGAUGAGGUUUUGGACAUUGAUAUUGCCCCCCACAUGACUCACACCCAGCAAGCGGACAAUGAAACUGCCUUGAGUGUGUUACCUUUUGUUUUGCAGGACAUUGACUCUAGCGAUGACAAGGUCAUAACUCUGCCUCUGAAGUAUGGGUCAUCCAGCGAGUUCGACGGUGGCGUCGUUGUGCUACAUGUUUCAUGUUACCCUUGA